CUAAAUUAUCAAAUAUUUUUCUGGAUUGUACAUCCUCAUGUUUAGCCUUACAUCUGUAUUUUUAUAUUUUGGUGUUAGAAUCACUCUAAACUCAUCAUGAUUGAAGAUAAUAAGGAGAACAAAGACCAUUUGUUAGAAAGGGGAAGAGCAACUCUCAUUUUUUCCUUAAAGAAUGAAGUUGGAGGACUUAUAAAAGCACUGAAAGUCUUCCAGGAGAAUCAUGUGAAUCUGUUACAUAUCGAGUCCCGGAAAUCAAAGAGAAGAAAUUCAGAAUUUGAGAUUUUUGUUGACUGCGAUAUCAACAGAGAACAAUUGAAUGACAUUUUUCACCUGCUGAAGUCUCAUACUAAUGUUCUCUCUGUGAAUCCACCAGAUAAUUUUACUUUGAAGGAAGAUGGUAUGGAAACAAUUCCUUGGUUUCCAAAGAAGAUUUCUGAUCUGGACUUUUGUGCCAACAGAGUUCUGAUGUAUGGAUCCGAACUAGAUGCAGAUCACCCCGGCUUCAAAGACAAUGUCUACCGUAAAAGACGAAAGUAUUUUGCAGAAUUGGCUAUGAACUACAAACAUGGAGAUCCAAUUCCUAAGGUUGAAUUCACUGAAGAGGAGAUCAAGACGUGGGGGACCAUUUUCCGAGAGCUCAACAAACUAUACCCCACCCAUGCUUGCAGAGAAUAUCUCAAAAACUUACCAUUGCUUUCUAAAUAUUGUGGAUAUCGGGAAGAUAACAUACCGCAAUUGGAAGAUGUCUCAAACUUUUUAAAAGAGCGCACAGGAUUUUCCAUCCGUCCCGUGGCUGGGUACUUAUCCCCAAGAGAUUUCCUAUCAGGUUUAGCCUUUCGAGUUUUUCACUGCACCCAAUAUGUGAGACACAGUUCAGAUCCCCUGUAUACCCCAGAGCCAGAUACCUGCCAUGAACUCUUAGGUCAUGUUCCCCUCUUGGCUGAACCUAGUUUUGCACAGUUCUCUCAAGAAAUUGGCCUGGCUUCCCUUGGCGCUUCAGAGGAGGCUGUUCAAAAGCUGGCAACGUGCUACUUUUUCACUGUGGAGUUUGGUCUGUGCAAACAAGAUGGGCAACUAAGAGUGUUUGGUGCUGGCUUGCUCUCUUCUAUCAGUGAACUCAAACAUGCACUUUCUGGACAUGCAAAAGUCAAGCCCUUUGAUCCCAAGAUUACUUGCAAAGAAGAAUGUCUCAUCACAACUUUUCAAGAUGUCUAUUUUGUGUCUGAAAGCUUUGAUGAUGCAAAGGAGAAGAUGAGAGAAUUUACCAAAACAAUGAAGCGUACAUUUGGAGUGAAGUAUAAUCCAUAUACGCAGAGUAUUCAGAUUCUGAAAGACACCAAGAGCAUAACCAGUGCCAUGAACGAGCUGCGGCAUGAUCUGGACAUUGUCGGUGACGCCCUUGCUAAAGUCAGCAGGCAGUCCAAUGUGUGACAGUCAUAGUCUUAAUCCACAAAGCAUCAACUCAGAGCCCAGGGGCAACUGAAAACCGACUGUGGAGUGACUGCUGCUUCUGGCUAAACAAUGUUUUCUAAUCCCACCCUUUAAGGAAUCAUCCUCCAACAUGUCUGCAGGGACACAACCAGUUUUUCUUUUGUCCAUUCUUUACUGAAAUAUAAAAUUUAUAUAUCAUAUAAUUUACUAAUUUCCCAUUUUAAUAGAGAAUUUGUUUGACCCAGUGAUAGAUAUACUUAGACUUCCUUGUUUUUCUUGGGUAAAAAGACCUUGAAUCACUUGAUCACUGUUACACAGCUGACCCGUGGUUAUUAUCUGUAUCUGUUACAUCAUUGAAUUUGUGCCAUGUCCAACUGCAGGCACACAUAUAAAUUUAAUAGGAGACAAGCUGCCCCUGAGAUUAACAUGGACAGAGUGUAGAAGUCUUCACAUGUGAGGGUACCCUAGUAAAGAACACAUAAUCUGGUUCAAGUGUGGUCUUAUAGGAAUAUAGAAAAAGAGAAAUGGAAGUGGAGCUUUGGCCUCUUUGAGCAAAAGAGCUCAGGGACAGUGACCUGGCCCUGGGUUCAAGUCCCACAACCAACAAAUAAAAAGCCUGAAAUAGACAAAUGUCAGCUUAAUGUGAUAGCACAUGCCUUUAAUCCUAGCACUCAGGGAUGUGAAGCAGCAGGAUCCAGAGUUCAAUAGUAAAAGUCUUUUUUUUUUUUAAAUAGCUGAAUAUGGAAGGGUUGAUUGGAGUAUAUGUAUUAAGACUAGACUAGGAAUAUCACAUUUUGUUUUGUAGACACAAAAAAGGCCCUUCACCAGUGAAUGUUCUCCUUGAAAUUCUUUCUUUUCUAUGACAUUGCCUCAUGAUGAUUAGGUUCUAGAUUAUCUGUCCUAUUCAUGAGGCCAAGGGGAACUUGGUGGGAGAAAUUGCAAGGCCUUGUACUCAGAAAUGUAGUACCAGGAAUUAUAGUAUUGACUUCAAAUUAGCAAGAGGCUGUGUUGUCAAGGUGAGUUCAAAUGGAAACAACUGAGAGAAACACAAGUUAAAAGGUGGAAACAUAAUUUCCAAGCAAUCAGGUGAAGCCAUAAAUGGGAAGAUAAACAGUAGUUGAAGGUGAAGGAAAUGGGGAAGAACUAGACUGUCAGAAAGGUUAAGAAGAGCAAUUUGGGUCUGAACCUGCAAAUAGGUGAGG